AUGGCUGAUGACAUCGCUGCCGUUGUGAUCGACAAUGGCUCUGGUGUGUGCAAGGCCGGCUUCGCUGGUCACAACAUCCCCCAGAUUGUCUUCCCCUCUAUUGUGGGGCGUCCUCGGUACCAGGGCAUUAUAAUGGGCGUGGGCCAGAAGGAUUCCUAUGUGGGUGAUGAAGCUCAGAGCAAGAGAGGCAUCCUGACCCUCAAGUACCCCAUCGAGCACGGCAUUGUCACCAACUGGGAUGACUUGACGAAGAUCUGGCACCACACCUUCUACAACGAGCUGCGUGUGGCCCCUGAAGACCAACCUGUGCUGCUGACGGAUGCCCCCCUGAACCCCAAGGCUAACCGCGAGAAGAUGACCCAGAUCAUGUUCGAAACCUUCAACACCCCUGCCAUGUACGUGGCCAUCCAGGCCAUGCUGUCCCUGUUUGCCUCUGGCCGCACCACCGGCAUUGUGACGGAUUCCGGCGAUGGAGUCACCCACACUGUGCCCAUCUACGAGGGGUAUGCCCUCCCCCACUCCAUCAUGCGUCUGGACCUGGCUGGCCGGGACCUGACUGAAUAUCUCAUGAAGGUCCUCACCGAGCGAGGCUACUUCUUCACCACCACAGCUGAGCGGGAAAUCGUGCGUGACAUCAAGGAGAAGCUCUGUUACGUUGCCCUGAACUUCAAGCAGGAGAUGGCCACGGCGGCUUCCUCUUCCUCCUUGGAGAAGAGCUACGAGCUGCCCGAUGGGCAGGUCAUCACCAUCGGCCCUGAGCGUUUCCGCUGCCCCGAGGCUCUCUUCCAGCCCUCCUUCCUCGGCAUGGAGUCUUGUGGCAUCCAUGAAACUACUUUCAGUGCAAUCAUGAUGUGUGAUGUUGAUGUCCGCAAGGAACUCUACUCCAACAUAGUGCUGUCUGGCGGGAGCACCCUGUACCCAGGCAUUGCUGACCGGAUGCGGAGGGAGAUCACAGAGCUGGCCCCCAACAUGAUGACCAUCAAGAUCAUCACUCCUUCUGAGCGCAAAUACUCCGUGUGGAUCGGAGGCUCCAUCCUGGCCUCCCUGUCCACCUUCCAAAAGAUGUGGAUCACCAAGCAGGAGUACGACGAGUCUGGCCCUGCCAUCGUGCACCGCAAAUGCUUCUAG